UGAAUCCUGCUUCCAGCCUGUUGUUUGUUACCCUUUCCUUAUGCUUACCUGCCAACUUGUUCUCCAAGUAAAACUUUAAAUCUCAGCCUUACCUCCGAGUCUGUAUUGGGGUCCACUUGCCGGUUCUCUCUCUGACAUAUUUCUUAUUUAAGUAAAUAAGCUAUUUAUUGAUUUAUGUUCAGUCUUGAAAUGAAAAAUUCGGACAUUGUGAAUGAGCUUGUCUAUCAGGGAAAACGUCUGUUUGGCAGCAACAACAAUUUCUAAAUCAAUAUGGGACAGUACUGUCCAGCGGAUUUUUUUUUUUUUUUUUUUAUAGCUGUAUUUUUUUGUUGUUGAGAAAAUCUAAAACAUUAUCCAGCACAACACUUACAUGAUGACAAGAGGGAGCAAGGUCCUACUGAGUCACCAUUUGGAGCGAUGGAGCCCAAAGAGAUUUCCAUCCUGUCCUCUUUGAGAGGAGAGUUUAUACCAGAGGAUUAUAUUCAACCCCACUAUAAGGAGUCAUAUCGUCUUGCCAUUGAUCGCUUGGUGAGCGGUGGCAGAGAGAGUUAUCAGGAGUUCCUCAAGGAAGAACGGCUCGGGAGUUUCCUCUCUGAGGAUGAGCUCCUCUUCAUCACUACUAAGGCAGAAAGCCCCCCACCUGGAAAUCACACGGACACUGAAGAAACCGAUGUUUCCUCGGACAGCAAGUCCUCCUCAGGGACCUAUUGGCCCCUCCACUCGGAUGUGGAAACCCCAGACUUGGACUUAGGGUGGCCUGAGGUUCUGAACAACAGACUACAGACAAGUAUAGACGUACUGUUUCAUCCACCAAGGCAAAACAACCCAACCAUCAAAGAAGUGAUACGUAAAAAAAUUCAGGAUGCAAGACUGGUCGUCGCCAUUGUGAUGGACGUGUUCACUGAUGUAGACAUAUUCAAAGAAGUUGUUGAUGCCUCGUUGCGGGGCGUCGCCGUCUACAUGCUUUUGGAUGAUUUCCAUCUGCACAGCUUCCUUUCAAUGGCUGAAAAUCAAGAUAUAAAAAUUCAACAACUCCGAAACAUGAGAGUGCGCACUGUGAAAGGACAGGAUUACCUCUGUCGAUCAGGAGCUAAAUUUCAUGGGGCAAUGCAGCAGAAGUUUCUUUUAGCUGACUGCCAAACUGUGGUCUACGGCUCCUACAGCUUCACAUGGUCAUUUGAGAAGAUCAAUCUGAGCAUGGUGCAGGUCAUCACAGGCCAUCUGGUGGAGUCCUACGAUGAGGAGUUUCGAACACUCUAUGCCCGCUCAACUGUGCCAGCUGAACUGUGCCCCUCAGAGGGAUUACUUCAAGUCAGUGGGCCAAAUGGAAGACAGAUGUUUCCAAACUAUGUCUCUCACUCUGCCCCAAAAUUUGAAAGGAAGGACCAGCUGAGGCACACUCUGGACACAGUCUAUCGGAAGGCUUGUGAGAGGCACAUAGGUAUGAGAGACCUUGAGGAGAGACUUUAUGAAGAAGAGCCAAUCAAACACAGGCCGCUGAUUGAUAAUGGGAUGUACCCGCCGAACCAGAUGCCUCAAUUCCAGUCCCCAGAGACAAUGAACUUCUUGAAAAGGCAUAGCUAUGCCGGUGAGAGACAAGAAACCAAUAUUCCCGAGAAUGCCAGAUACAGGGCAAGUAACUGGAAUAUCUCCAGGGAAGCAGGGUUUCUUAAUGGAAGAAACAACUACCCCAUACUCUCAGAAAAAUUCCCCCAAGGGCCACAAAUGUACAAAGGUCAAAACAUGCAUCCGUCUUACCACAGCAAUGACAAACAGGUCCUCUCCAUGAAGCAGGGCAUACCAACACUGGAGAAUGCAACAAAGUCAUACAUGCGCACCUGGAGAAUUGAGUCUUACCUCAAAAAUCCCGACACUCCGUACGAAUCCUGUGACUAUUUAGACCAGUACGAACCACCAGACAACAAAGCUAACUCCUUCAUGCAAGGCAGGAUGAGGUCCUCCCUUGUUUUCAGGUCCGUUAUUCCAGAGCAAAUGGAGACAAACAGUUAUACAAACUCCUCCACUGGUGUUUGCCAGGCUGAUACCUCAACAGCACCAAACACCGCUUUGCACUACUCGUCGAUGCAAUGGAAUCCAAGGGCAGCAGUUGAAAACAGGAGAAAUAAUGAGGAAUUCAGGUUCAAGAGACAAAGUCUGCAGAUUUUGGAUGAUGAUCGGAAUAAUAUAAGCUACAGUCCAGGAAGAAACGCGAUAUAUGCUAGCCUAGGCGAAGCCAAAGGCAUGAUUACAAAGCCUGACAUUCUGACAGACAACUGGUACAAAAGGCACAGCGUGGCAGAUCCGAGAUCAAACACUGAAUAUGAUCAUGAGUCCUCAAGUCACAUGUAUGGAGGAGCUUUUGCAAGGAGACCGGUAAAUAGAACCACAGCAGGGUUCAAUGCACAGAAUGGGGGAUACGGAUCAAAUCUGAAUGAGGAUCAGAGAUCUGUGUCACAAUUUGAUGUCAAGAGCAUUACGAGCACAAAGAGCCCGUCUGCUUCUAUUUGGCAGGAACCACCUUCUCGAACUGUGUCUGCAGCUGCCCUUGAUGUGAACAGCAAGGAACUGACAGCUAAAUCCACGAGCAUGAGCUCUCCACAUUUCCUAAAGAAGAGUUCCAAGAAAAUCAGAUCCUUACUUAACAUACCAGAGAAAAAAGAGGUUUCCCGUCAAACCUUAGAAACGGCAAGCUCAACGUCGGGUGGCAGCACAGACACUUUAACUGCCGAGGAUGAUGAGAAAAAAUCAGACUGGGAGAGGAGCCCUCAGAAAAGCACAGCAAAGUCUUCAUCACUGCACCAGAGAAACCAGUUUGCAGAUGACCACCUAAAAUCAUCGAUUCCUCGCUUCAUAACAGAGGAGUGCCAUCAGCCAAACUCUCUGUCCAAAACAGUAACACAGACGAGGCCCUCAGCUCAUGACAAAUACGAGAGGCCAAGCGUUGCGACAGGAAACUCAAGUAGAGAUCGAGGUGCUGACAGCCGACUGCACAGCAGGCUGGAGUCUUCCUGUACAUUCGAAAAUAAACACUCUUCACGUUUUGCAAAAAGCUCUCUCAACACACACUCUCAAGAGAGAGUCAAGAGCAUGCUGUUAUCCAAGGGGGACUCAACUACUGAACAUAGCCUCGGCCGGGCUGCACGCGGUCACCAUGACAAUAAACUGGGGAAAUUUAUACAAAAAGUGGGAAAUUUCAUACACAAAGGCAAGUAGUAAUGGCUUUCACCCCCCAAAAAAGAAAAAAAAACAUGAAACAUGAUGUACAAAGUAAAUACAUCACAUUGUUGAUGCACAUGUGAAGUGUUGAGGGUUUUUUUUUUUUUUUUUUACAGUGUUAACAAGGGUUUAUGUUUUUUACUUGAACAUGUAUUUAGCAGGUGUUUGCAGCUUUUUUGUGGUGUGUCGAUGCUUCAAACAUCAUUGAAUAUGGCCGCAUUAAUCAAGUGGUUUUACUGAAGAAUUCAUUAAAUACUCAAUGCAUAGUUCUACAUAAUAGACACUUGAAACACACUUGUCAUGUUAAGAAAGCCCUUAUGUUUUUAUUGGCACCCAACUGAAGGCGGAAGGUGUUUGAAUAGUUUCAUCAUCUUCAGUGGGAAUAUCUCUUCAUACUCAGAGGAUCAUGCAGCCUGGUGUUCAAAUGUUUACAACAGUGACCAAAUGUUACAACUCACUCCCUGUUUUCUUUACAUUUUGUGAAAUGACCACAAUGUGUUACAAUUAAGUAUAUGCUCCAUAUACAAAAGGUGAGAGAAAUAUACUUUCCACCAUAAAAGGACUACAUGAAGGAGACUGGGCCAGCAACUGUAUUUUGACGUUGAGAUAGCAUGAUGCUAUGCACUGGCUUUCCAAUGACCCAGAAUAUUUCUACCGUGAGUGAAGUUAAAUUUUUUGGCAAAAGUUUUUCUCAUUUUAUUCUGGCCAGCAGGGUUUCCCUAGCCGACUUUUUU